CAGCACCAGCUAACGGGCAGAGGGAGCCGAGCGAGGCAGACACAACACGGAGCUGUGGAUGUGGCUUCAUUGGAGGAUCGAGCAACACCGUUAAAACAGUGAAUAACAGCUCACUGCUCCUGUGCCGCUUCACACUGUUCGAUCGCCGCCUCGGUCCGGGGUUCUUCUCGUUGCCGGGCCGCAUGGAGUCCGCGCUGAGACGGUCGGCGAGGUGUUGUGCGGACAAGAGAGCAUCCAGCUAAUGCUAGCCGCUAGCCGCAGCCCAGCCACGGAUCGUACGGUGCGGAGCUGAGAGGAGGCUCGCUGCUGCUGCUGCUCCUACCGCCGCCGCUGCGCUUCAGGACGGACACACAACCGCAACCAUGGGCCUCAUAUUCGCCAAACUGUGGAACUUCUUCUGCAACCAAGAGCACAAAGUGAUCAUAGUUGGACUAGACAACGCCGGGAAAACCACUAUACUCUACCAAUUCCUGAUGAACGAGGUGGUCCACACGUCUCCCACCAUCGGAAGCAACGUGGAGGAAAUAGUGGUGAAGAACACCCACUUCCUGAUGUGGGACAUCGGAGGACAGGAGUCCCUCCGUUCCUCCUGGAACACCUACUACUCUAACACAGAGUUCAUCAUCCUGGUGGUGGACAGCACGGACCGAGAGAGGCUGGUCAUCUCUAAGGAGGAGCUCUACAGGAUGUUGGCUCAUGAGGACCUGCGGAAAGCAGCUGUGCUGAUAUUUGCCAACAAGCAGGAUAUGAAGGACUGCAUGUCUGCGGCGGAGAUCUCCAAAUACCUCAGCCUGAGCUCCAUCAAGGACCACCCCUGGCACAUCCAGUCCUGCUGUGCACUCACAGGAGAGGGUUUAUGCCAAGGUCUGGAGUGGAUGACCUCCAGAGCCGGGCUCAGAUAGCCCCUCCCGCAACCAUGGACGGCCUGACUACCUGCACCACAGCUGGCAACUAGUUACUUUUUUAUUUUUAAUGACACCUUUGGACCUUGACCUCUGCGGACCGCACAGUGUGGCUGAACUGACACGUCUGUUACACCGGAACAGACAGAACCUGUGAACUGACCUGGUUUUUACGGAGGAGUUGGAGGAGACCGUCACUUCAGACCGGAGGGUGUCCUGCACCGGACCCUUACACUACAUACAUAUCAUGUUACAAACACAUCAUUUCAGCCAUUAACGUUACAGUGAAUGGAAAAUGUGAUGCAGCUCUUUUUUUAUUUUAUUUUCCUCUAUAGAAGUUUGUUCAAUUUAACAGGACAAGCACAGGGUUUAGAAGCAGUAUUGUAAAACCACAUUUGGUGGUGGUGGUGGCACUGAGUUUUGCACAGAGCUCAUCGGGUGUGUUACACUUCAGUCUCCAUUAUUCUUUGUUCUCAACAUGUGUUACAUUUAAUUUCAGUUUCAUAAGCUACACUGUUGGUGGUUACCCUCACACUCGAGCCGCCUGGUGUCGUGCUGAAGGACAAACUCUCCCUUUUUAUCCAUGUCGAGCCUCGUGUGUCAUGAAGCCGAACCAAAGUGUCGGCAUGCAGCGUGGGUCCUCCAUUGAACCCGAGGGACAAGCGGAAAUGACUCCAGCUGUUAAUUUAAAUGAGAAAAUCAUGCAAUGGCUGUAAUGUGAUUCCAAACGCAAGUACCACGCUCUGUUUUAAUAACAGUAUUUUUAAAUUUUAACACUUAUCAGUGAUGUAUCAUGAUUUUUAUUUAAUUUUAUUAUUCGCUUUUAUAGCCGGCUCUGUUUUGUUGCUCUUUGCAGGUUGGGGUCUCGACCUGUUUUGUAUUAAUCAUCGGUGCUCCACUAGUGUGCGUGGCUGAUCCACUGCAUCCUAAUAUAAACAUUUAUUUUCUGCUGCCAUUUUGGCCUGUACUCCUCUUCAAGUGUUUUAUACUUUAUUAAAGGGAUCAGAAGGUGCCACAAAGAAGCUGCUACUCACGUGGUUUGUAGCAUUAAGACUAUCCGAAAUCAACAUUUGGGCCAUCAUAUAGUUAUAUCUCAAUCCUCAGCCUUAACUAAGCUGUUGCAAGUGUGUGUAUGAAUCUGACAGCUGGUUUAUGAUGUUUCUUCUUUUCUCAACCCAUGUUUAUCCUUUUUGAGGCAGUGUAAGAAUUCCUUGAACUUGCUAACAGAUCUAUGCACGUGUCACUUUGCAACCGAGUUCCAUAGUGGCCAAAAAAGAGGAGGUGCAUACGUUUGAACCAAAACAGAGAACUUGAAAAGAUCUUGGUCCUGAUAAGCCGCCGAGUGUCCAACAGUAUCUUAGCAAUGGUCCUGAGACAAAGUAUUUUUAUACUAACAGGAAACGGGUGAACUGCGCAGCUCCCAGACUCUUUGCAGCGUUAAGGUUUACAGAUAUAUUUACCUUGAUCUCACAAAGCAAGGGAACUGAUCUUAUAAUGUCAGUGUGGUGAUGUAAAGUCUGGGUCAUGUACUGUAUCUCAGUUUUGUUUUCAUUAAAAGUUUGUUUUGAACUU